CGCCCGCCCCACCGGCCGCGCCGCCGCUGACCGCGCCGCAAGCUGCCAGCGCUGGGGGCCGGGUGCGGGUACAGCCACCAUGGGUGACCCCCAGAGGUCCAUGCGGAUCCUAGUGACAGGGGGCUCUGGACUGGUGGGCAGAGCCAUCCAGAAGGUGGUGGAAGAUGGGGCUGGCCUUCCUGGAGAGGAAUGGGUGUUUGUCUCCUCCAAAGAUGCUGAUCUCACGGACACAGCACAGACCCAAGCCCUGUUCCAGAGGGUCCAGCCCACUCAUGUCAUCCACCUUGCUGCAAUGGUAGGGGGCCUGUUCCGGAAUAUCAAAUACAAUUUGGACUUCUGGAGGAGGAAUGUGCACAUCAACGACAAUGUCCUGCAUUCUGCCUUCGAGGUGGGCGUCUGCAAGGUGGUCUCCUGCCUGUCCACCUGUAUCUUCCCUGACAAGACCACCUACCCUAUUGAUGAGACCAUGAUCCACAAUGGGCCACCCCACAACAGCAAUUUUGGGUACUCCUACGCCAAGAGGAUGAUUGACGUGCAGAACAGGGCCUACUUUCAGCAGCAUGGCUGCACAUUCACCGCGGUCAUCCCCACCAACGUCUUUGGGCCCCACGACAACUUCAACAUCGAAGAUGGCCAUGUGCUGCCCGGCCUUAUCCACAAGGUGCACCUGGCGAAGAGCAGUGGCUCUGCCCUGACAGUGUGGGGUACAGGGAAGCCACGGAGGCAGUUCAUCUACUCGCUGGACUUGGCCCGGCUCUUCAUCUGGGUCCUACGGGAGUACAGUGAGGUGGAGCCCAUCAUCCUCUCAGUGGGCGAGGAAGAUGAGGUCUCCAUCAAGGAGGCAGCUGAGGCUGUGGUGGAGGCCAUGGGCUUCCACGGGGAAGUCACCUAUGAUACCACCAAGUCAGACGGGCAGUUUAAGAAGACAGCCAGCAACACCAAGCUUCGGGGCUACCUACCUGACUUCCGGUUCACACCUUUCAAGCAGGCUGUAAAGGAGACCUGUGCCUGGUUCACUGACAACUAUGAGCAGGCCCGGAAGUAAAGCUGUGCAGACGAGCAGGCACUCAGCUGGCAAAGCCCAGUGCCCACCACCUUCAGACCUUGCCAGGAACCAAGGACGCUGCUCAGCAACCCGGGCCACGUCCCACUGCCUCUGCCAGGGGUUCCUGGCAGUUGUCCAGUGGGGACCCAUUUGUGCUCAUCCUCAGGGAAAUCAAGGCCCGGCCCGGCCCAGCACCUCACCCCCCACCGCCCUGGCCUCAGUGCACUCUGGGCCCGCUGUGCUUUGUCUGGGAGCCAAUAAAGUACGUUUCCACAGA